AUGGUCACGAUCACUUUCCCCAGGGGUGUUGCCCUUUGGCGUUCCCAAGUGGACGCCGUACGCGGUAGAAUCGAACGUAUCACGGAAGACCUUUCCGACAUCAAAGCUUUUUUCCCGAUUAGGAUAUCCUCCAGGAGGACACAGAGAUUAAAACAGUUUCUGAAUACAGAGCUAGAGUCUCUGCGCGAGCAACCUUUUGACCAUUAUGAUCAGCAAGGAAAGGUGGACUAUCUUCUGAUCAAGAACUACCUGGAGAGGCAACUCCGAGAGUUGGAGCUCGACUGUAAACAGAACCACAAGACCGCACCUCUGCUGCCAUUUGCAGACACAUUGGUAAAUCUCUGCGAGGACCGUGCAAUGGUAGCUCCAAUCGAGCCAAAAGAUGCCGCACAGAAGCUGUUUGAGUCCCAAGGGCAAAUCACAACUGUGAUCGAGAACAUCAAAACCGGCUCAAAGUAUCUCUCAAUGGAAAAGACCGUUACUUUUCGCGCAUCGAAAACCGUGGACUCACUUCGCGACUAUCUGAAAGAAUGGUACGGCUUCUACAAAGGAUACGAUCCCUCAUUUGACUGGUGGGUGUCGCACCCAUACAGCGUUGUGGAUACGAAUCUUCAAGACGCUUCGAUCGCCAUUCGUGAAAAACUUGUUGGUAUCGAUCCUGACAACGACGACGCAAUCGUUGGGGACCCAAUUGGCCAAGAUGGACUCAUCAACGAGCUGCAUGCCGAAAUGAUUCCUUACACGCCAGAUGAGGUUAUCGCCAUCGGCGAGAAAGAAUUUGAGUGGUGUAUCAAGGAGCUCAAAAAGGCAUCGCGCAGCAUGGGCUUGCAGGACGAUUGGAAGCAAGCUCUGGAACAAGUCAAGAAUGAUUUUGUGGAGCCAGGAAAACAGACCCAGCUCGUCCGGGACCUUGUGCAAGAAGCGAUCUCGUUUGUCGAAGAGCACGACCUCGUCACAGUACCACCGACCGCAAAGGAAACGUGGCAGAUGUUCAUGAUGUCGCCAGAACGCCAAAAAGUGAAUCCGUUUUUCCUCGGAGGGGAUUGUAUCAUCGUGUCUUAUCCAGUCGAUACGAUGGACCAUGAGGCCAAGCUCAUGAGUAUGCGGGGAAACAACAUCCAUUUCUCCCGCGCGACCGUUUUUCAUGAGAUGAUUCCCGGUCAUCACCUCCAGAUGCAUAUGAAUGCCAGACAUAAACCAUAUCGACGGCUGUUCGAUACACCAUUCUGGAUCGAGGGAUGGUCUUUGUAUUGGGAGUUUAUUCUGUGGGAUGACGAGCGAUUUCAAAAGACACCCCAGAAUCGCAUUGGAAUGCUCUUCUGGCGACUUCAUCGAUGCGCUCGGAUCAUUUUCUCUCUGAAGUUUCACCUCGGCCAAAUGAGUCCUCAGGAGUGUAUUGAUCUACUUGUUGACGGCGUGGGCCACGAACGUGCGACAGCAGAAGGAGAAGUCAGAAGGUCGCUGAAAGGCGAUUACUCUCCUCUUUAUCAGGCUGGGUACAUGCUUGGAGCGCUACAGAUCUACGCUCUGAAGAAAGAGAUUGUGGAUACUCAAUAUAUGGCAGAGAAGAACUUUCAUGACCAGUUUUUGAAGGAGAAUCGUAUGCCGAUUGAGCUGGUUCGGGCGCUGAUGAUGGAUCAACCGUUGAGCCGAGACUAUAAAACGUCUUGGAGGUUCUACUCCGAUUGA